CGUCAACCCCUUUCCUCUGCCGCCCCAAGCCAUCAGAUAGAAGCUAAGCUCUUCGAUUCCCCCACUUUUACCUUUUCUUUUUCUUCUGAUUCCAUUCAUCUGCAUCAAGAAAUAUUAUGGUUUAAUUUCGUUCGAUCCUUUAGAUUUUACUUUUCUUUUUUCAUUUAACGGAUUUUCUUAGUUCUGUAAAACCAUCUUCUUUCCGAGAAUCGAUUAUUUUUAAAUGUAAGAAACAAGAUCAACCGAAAUUAUUGAUUUAGUCUGAUUACACAAUCAAGAAUCUCUAAGAAGGUUCACCAAAGAAAUCCAAGAAAAAAGUUGGGUUUCAUCAAGAACCGAUCUUUUUAAACAGAUUUGAUAUGAGCAGCGCAUAUAUCUAUAUAUUUUCCCCUACAUUCAAUAAAAAGUAGGGUUUUGUCUUACAUACGUAAUACGAUAGUAUUUGAGAUGGCCUUCAAGAAUCGGAUUCUUGAUUAUGUUUUUAUAUUUACCAUUUUCUCUCUUAAAUCCCCAUAUUUGUUCCAAAUGAUGAAUGUCCGGGGAUACAAAUAUAUUUACUCACAUAUUUACCACUUUCUCUCUUAAAUCCCCAUAUUUUGUAUAGUGUCUGGGGACACUAUACAAGAUUGGAUCGAUACAAAACACUACUUUCGUCCCAAAUUGAUUUGCAAAUUUGAUUUUUCUUGGUCAAAUAGUUUCAUUUUAUUGCUUAAUUCGAAUGUCAUUUUUUAAUUAUAUUCUAAUUUUGAUUUUGCAACUUUGAAGAGUUUUUUAUGUAGUUUCUAAAUAUAUAAAUUUUAAUUAUUAAAAAUUGAAUUAAUUAUCGAUAGGAAACAUUCACUUGUAUUGUUGGUUGACAAAAAAAUGUUGACUUUGUAAACAAUUUAUGACGUAGAGAAAUAUUUUUGAAAAGAUUUACACAAUUUUUUUGAGUGGGUCAGGUCCUAGGUUGCCCUCUAGAUCCGCCCAUAUCUGUAUAUUCACAUGCUUACUCUAUGUCUGCUUGAGAAAUGAGGAAUUUUUAGUUUUACGUUUAUCUUAUGCACUUUCAUGAAAUUUCGGGUACAUCAAUAAUCACUUUUUUAACAUUUUUUGUUAAUCUUAGGGUUGUUCAAUCUCAAAAUCAACGCACCACUUUCAUUCUCAUUUCAGAUCGUUCUCAUUUGAUCCAAUUCUAUAUAUAUGACGUCUGGCGUGUGCAUGGAAAUCAAUGGGGGGAGCAAUGAAGGCAGACAGGCGUUGUUUGCAGGUGUAGCAUCUUCAAGAUUCACAUGCAAAGGGCAGUCAUGAGUUGGUGUAAGUUUUGGAUGGAUGACUUUCUUUGAAAGUGAGAAUCUUGAUGAUGCUGCAUCAGCAAUGAACGCCUAUAUCAAUUAUCAGACUCCUCCGAUCUCCGGCUCGACGGCUUCUCAUCCGAUCACCUUACGUUAUUUCUCGAUACCUUAACUAUUAGUAAGUUACACUUUGAUACCUUAACUCUUAAAUGAAUCAAAAUAGUACCUUAACUAUAUAUAAAUGUUUCGAAUUGAGAUUUUAUUCAAAUUUCUGACAAAAAAAAGCAUUCAUGACGAUCAAGAUUUCAUGUGUAGAGUCACUCUAUGGUGAUCAUAUGGACAAAAAAGGUGAAAUAGACUUUAUGCAUAGAAUUCUUGGCGCCACAUAUGAUUUUUUGGUCAGAUGUUUGAAUAAAAUCUCAAUUCAAAACAUUUAUGUAUAAUUAAGGUACCGUUUUAAUUCAUUUAAGAGUUAAGAUACCAAAAUGCAACAUUACCAAUAGUUAAGGUAUCAUUUAUACAUUUUAACCUUAUUUCUCAUAUAUUCUCAGAAUAUACCUUUAUGUCUUUAUGAAUUGGGCCACCGAAAUCUAGUGAGAAGAUAUUAUUUAUCCAUCUUACGGUAUCAUUAUUGUCUUAUGUCCUUUUCGGGUGGGUGUAACGGUAAGUAAGUUGGAUUUGCUGUUGUUGAACUCUUUAUUAACAUUCUUUACUCGUUUCAAAAUCUUUCACGGAAUUUUGUCCACGAAGGAAAAGUUUAGAAAAACAAUCGUAGAAUUUGACUUUGCACUCAUUUGUUUGCACCCCAUUUGUUACAUAUUUAUUUUUAAAUAGAAUUUAAUACAUCAAAUUCCCUCAUAUUAUAUUAAUUGUCAAAUAAAUGAAAAGUGAUUAGUGCAUUUGCAUAAGUUCAAGAUUUUGACAAAUUACUAGCAUAUUCAAUCAUAAUAUUAAUACAAGUGAUUUCUGAUUUGUUAAAUUUGUUGUUGAAGGGAUUUUGUGCAUGAAUAAUUAUAACACAAAUGGUUUGAUACAUUAAACCCUUUGAACUAAGUGUGUGCAUUUUUUUUUGAAAAUGAGCUCAAUCUGGUAAGUAGGAUGUUGUAUUUUUUUAGUAUUUUUUUAGUAAACCCUUUGAACCCUUUGCCUCUUCAGAUUCUCUUUAUAGUAUUUUUUUUAAAACCCUAUAUAGUAUUGUCUUCUUUCCAAAAAUGUUUACCAUAUUCACUUUUUUUUGUUAAUGAUAGCAAACUUUGGACAAUAAUUUUAAUUAUUAUAUUUAUAUAUACUUUAUAUAUUUAUACUUUUAAGAAUAUUUUUUGAAUAAUGAAUAUUUUGAUAUAAUUUUCAUAUUUAAAAUAAUUUUGUAUUAAAAAUAUCAUUUACCAAAGUAGAUUAUCAUUCGCUAAGAAAAAUGAACCCAGUGAACUUUUUCGGGAUAGAGUAUAUAAUUAUAGGUGGUAUAUAUCUCCACAACUGAGAUGCAAAGUAAAACCUCUUUUACACGUUUUUGUGAUUUAAUUUGAAUAAUAAUAUUUGUGGGCCUUGUGACUGACUCAUAUUCGACUCAUUACGUACAAAAUGUGUUUAUCAAAGUGAACGCAAAUGUCAUUUUUCCAUUAUUAGAAUAAUUUUUAAUUUAAUGUUGGUGAAAUUGCCUUUAUGCUAUUUUUGUUUGGUUCACUUUUUUUCUACGAAGUACUCCGUAUUUAAAUAUAUUGCUUUUGACAACUGGCUUGAUGAAAAGUGGUGGAAAAGACAGACUGCAUAGAUCCAUGGAACUGUGAUUAUUCUUCUGCGAACUUCAAGUUCUGACCAAUAAAGAUGAUGAUGAUGUUAUGUUAUACACAUCAGGUACAUCACUACCUGUGCCCAGGUGUGUCUCCUUCACAUGGACCUGUUCUCUUAACUUAUUAUUGGGUAUUUAUAUUCUGAAUGAUGUACUCCCAAUUAAAGGUUCCCAUUGUAUAAAUGGAAUGGUUAUUUAGAAAAUAAUUAAAGUAAAAUAAUUCUCGUAUAUUUUAAGAAAUAAUUUUGUUGAGUAUACAAUAAAAUAGGGACGUCAUUGAUGAUAAUUGUGAUGUUAUAUUAAUAGAAAUAAUUACAUAAAUAUGACCAAAAUAAAGAUGAUUUACAAAAAUAUGACUAAUGACUAGAGUAGUAAUGAAAUCAUAGUAAUUCAUGUUCAAGUUUUGAACUUAAGUUACCACAACACCACAUUAUGUAAAUAUGUUUUAUUUUAGUAAUAUUCUUGUAAAAAGCCCAUAUUAAUAUUUGAUAACAAAAAUGUUAUUACCUUCGUCCCAAAAAAUACUUCCCGGUUUGACUUGACACAUUUAUUAAGAAAGUGAAAAUAAAGUAGAAAUGUAUGGUUGUGGUUGAGUCAAAAGGGGAAAUGAGAAAAAAAUUAGGACACUCCAAAAUAGUAAGUGGGAAGAAUUUUUUGGGAUGGAUGGAAUAUUUUAGAGUAUUAAUUGUUUUCUAAAAUAGAAAUGGAAACCUUUAUAUGUGACGUUUAAAAUAGAAAACUUGGAACCUUAAAAUGCGACUGAGAGAGUACUAAGACAAAGUUUUUGCGUGUAUCAUUCAAAAACGUUUUUUAGUUUACAAAGACAAAGUUAUUUGUAUAUAAACAACUUCUAGCUUAUACGAAGUAUAUAGAUGAAUUGUCUAUAUAGAGAAAAUUUUGUUUACGUGGACACAAAACAUGAACGAAUGAUGUAUACAAAAAAUUGUACACCAAACAUUUGUGAGUUUUUUUUACUUUCCCUAAUAUGAGGGGGUAAUAGAAUAUUAGAGGCAACCGAAUAUUAGAGCCCAUUUAGGAACUCAUAUUUUCAGCCUCGGUUACAAUUGUUUACCUUACACUCAAUUUUUAUUACGCGCACUGAGAUGUAUAAUAAUUAAAAUAAGUAAGAUUAAAGUUAUUUUUCUGCCUCAUGUUAAUCUAAACAACCAUUUUAGCUACUUUCAUAUAAUUUUUCUUAAUUUUAUUAAUAAAAUAUAGCUUGAAUACAAUAUUUUACAAUACGUUGAUUCGGCCACUUUAGUUCAAAUUUCAUCAGUUUUAGCCAAUUAAGUAUUACUCCCUCCAUCCCGAAAUUAUCUUCAUUCUUUCUUUUUCAGUCUGUCCCAAAUUUAUCUCCUCUUUCCUUUUUUAAUAAAGAAUAUGUGGUUCACAACCAUUCUUACACACCUUUCUCUCAUCUGCACAACUCUCCACCAUACAAAUCCCAGUAUCUUAAUUCUCGUGUCCAGUCAAAACCGGAGUUAAUUAUGGGACAGAGGAAGUAUCAAACAGGUCGUUAAUAAACAUAGGGUGAGUGUAUAAGCCCUUUAUUACAAGAAUUAUGUCUAUACAAACAUUAUCUAAACAAAUUACGUUUUAGACAAGUUAUGUGUAUACAUAAACAAAAUAAAAGAAAAUUUCCGAUAGUAAGUAAAAAAUUCAGACAAUGAAAUUGAGAAGUACAUUAUCGACCUUUAAAAUAUCGUGGCAUUGCAUGAAUAAAUAUCUAAAUUAAAUUAAAUACGUAUAUAGUACUCCCUCCGUCCCGCUAACAAUAGGACAAGAGGGAGUGACACGCAAAUUAAUAAAAAGUGGUUUAUGUGGUUGAUAUUGAAUUGUUAAAGUAAGAAUAAAGUAAAAAUGAUUUAGAGUCAUACAAACUUUACCAAAUUUGAUAUGAGACAAUCUUAGUGGGACAGAAAAAGGCGGCCGGCUGCUACGCAUUCCACAUGCGUUCAGAUAACGCCAUGGUGACGUCACCACGCACCCAGGACGCUCGAACGGAUGGAUUUGAAAAAAAACUUUUUGACAUUGUUUGAACGGGGGAAAUGAUCCAAUGGCUGAAAUUGAAAUCCAAUGAUUGAAAUAAUUUAUUUUAUUUUCCAUUAUUUUUAACGGAAAUUUCCCUAAAUAGGAGUAAUUGAGGUUUGAAAUUCCAAAAUAGGAUUAAUAUGUUUUUCUUCCCGAAAUAGGAGUUGUUACUACCAUGUAUGAAAAAUAUUGUCAUGAUUAAAAAAUAUUGUCAUUAAUUAUAAUAAAUACAGUCAUGUUAAAUGCAUUGUACUCCAACUACUUGGCAGUCACGCCUACAAGAUGACAGUAAAUACUGUCAUGUUAGUUCUAUUCGAGAAUAAAAACAUAGUAGUCUUACUUUAGAAAUCCCAAAUCUAUUUACUCAUAUUUUGGGAAAUCUCCCUAUUUUUAAUUGAUAUUUUGUCUAAAUAUCCUGUAUAAACACCUCAUUCUUUCCUAUUUUAAUCACAACUAUCCCAUCUAUCUCAUUCUUCAUGAUAUUUUAUUUACUGUCUAUAUCUGUUAUAUCUUCCUCAAGUAGGGGUGCUAAAUGGAGUGUUAAAUUCCAUGUAUUGUUAUUUUAAUUUAUUCCAUGUGCUAGUAUGUUAAUUCUGUGUUGUUAUUUUAAUUAUGUGUUGUUAUUUUAUUGUUCACGUUUAUUUUUAUUUAAAUUCCAAUUAUUUUAGACACACAAAUUAAGAAGAGAAUACAAUGCUCCAAUGCGUUUGAACGUAGUUCAUCGAAAAACGUAAAAAACAAUUAAUGAUUGUUUUACAUCGAAAUGUGUAUUUUUUAUUUCAUAAUUAUUCAUAUAAGAAUUAUAAGGAAAACAUCACUUAUAAUAAUUUAAUUAAUGUUUUACUAAAUUGACAUGUAAAAAAAUAUGCUGAUUAUAUUUUAUCGACGGUGCUGAAUGCAGGGAAAUAUGAGUCAAAACACUGUUGCGGGCGUGUGACCAUGCCACGGAGGUUUGGCAGGCGGCUGGUUUGGGGCGCAAGGUGCGCACAAAUACAGGAGAAGAAUGGGUUCAGGCAUACCUAGAGCGAUUAACUAAGGAGGACAGGAGUAAAUUUAAAAUGCUGGCAAGGAGUAUUUGGAAGCGAAGAAAUAAUUGGGUGUGGAAGGAGGAGUGGCAGGGGAAAGCAAGGUACUUAAUUGUGCGGUCAACAUGCUGACCGCAUGGAGUGGUGCAGGAGACGGGUCUAAAGCCCCGUAGGCCUACCCGAGAGGAGGAUACUCGGUGGGAGUGCCCAGGGAUCGGUGAUUAAAGUAAAUGUGGAUGCAACUGUUAACUCAAGUGGCGGGAUUAGAGCUUUGGAUCGGUGAUUAUUUAUUUCCUAGCAACCACAAUACUGUUAUGCAACCACAAUAAGUAAGUUUAAGCUAUGUUUGGCAAGCAUAAGUCUAUGCCUUCUAGUUUUUGUACUGUUCAAAAAGUCUCUAAAAGCUUCUAGUUAUAUGUUUGGCAUGACUACAAGGGGUAGCAUCUGAAAAAAUCUCGUGACUUUUAGAGUUUUAGUACUCCCUCCGUCCCAAUUUACUUAGCCAAACUUGACUUUUCAAGUCAACAGCGUUUAACUUUGACUGAUUAUAUGUUUAUAUAGAGAAAGUAUUGAUAAUAUGAAAAUGACAUGAAAAUGAUCUUUGUUAAAAACACUAUUAUAAAAGUAUAAAAUUAUCAAACUUUGCAUAAAUAUAUUAGCUUAAAUAAUUGGUCAAAGUUAGAAGCCGUUGACUUGAAAAGUCAACUUUGGCUAAAUAAAUUGGGACGGAGGUAGUAUUAAUUAGUCCUAACAGCUUGUAUACCAAACCGAACUAAAUCACACAGUUAGCUUUUUACCAAACAGCUACAACAUUUUCUUUUUAAGAUCUUUUCAGUCAUUAAAAACUAACCGUUAUUAAAAAGCUCACAAAAUUAUUUUUGAUGAAGUUCAAGUUUAAUAUAGUACAGCUGAUUCCAUAAUUAUCUAUACUUCCUUAACUCAUUUCAUUAUUCGAUGGCCUCAAAUAUUCUUCAUACUUAAAGAAGACUUUCUAUUUAUAGAAGACUACUUAACAUGAAAUCUAUAGCUUUUUAUAUGUCAUGUGCUUUUCAAAAUUACACAUUUUUAUCAAUAUCAAUAAGAUAUAAGCAAUACAAUUUUGUAAACUUAAAACUAGAAAUAAGUGAAAAAAUAUGAAAUAUAAAUAUAAUUUUCUUCUUAAUUUUUACUAAUUCAUCCUUUGAAGGAAAGCGGUCGUCUCCCUCUCUCGUAGGGUUUGCUAUUUCCGCCGCCUAACUUCGGUAUAGGUUGGUGCGGAUUUUGUUGCUUGGAAUUUGAUUCUCUUUAGUGAUUUGAUUGUUUCUACGAUGUGGCUGUCUGUCCUUGGAGUCGGAUUUACAUCGGCGGGAGAGCCUGGUUUGAGUUGGCGGUUUAGGCGUGGGAUACACUUGCCGAGGCUUAUCUGCUCUGCGGCUUGGCCAGUGGGUCUGCUAUCGGUGGCUAGAUCGGCGACAAAGAUCGGGUUACCAGGUGAUGGCACAGGGUCGGCGGCAGUGGGACAGUUCUGGCGAGGAUGGGAGACCCAAAUCCGUGUAGACCUAGUCCAUGCCAGAUGCAAUUCCGACGCUUGGUUUAUUGAGAAGAGCUGUAUGGAUGAGACUUUUGUUCCUCAAUAUUGGAUGCCCAUGCGAUUCUUGAUUGGUGUAGGGAUAUAUUGCAGGCGCAGGAAGGAAACAUUUUUGAAGGCUACCAAGCCUUGUGGACAGAGGACUUCUCAACUAGGAAUGACGGAGGUGGGAGAACACAUGCAGUACGAGGAUAUCGGAGGGGACAACAUGGCACUGGGUUAUCAAAAAAUGGAGAGGGGGCGGGUCAUGGUUAUCAGACCCCGUGAUAGCUAGCUCUAAAGAUAGUCCAGGUCAGGGAAGGACAGGAGAAGAUCUUCGGGAUACAGAGGGUGCAACCGAAUUUCCAGUACUAUGUUUUCUUUACUGUUGUUUGCUUUGGUAAUACUAUUUUUGUUGUCGUCGUUUAUUUUUAUUUCUGCCAGACUCUUGCAUUAGGUUGGGGCAAUGAGGGGUCUAUUCUAAUCACGUUAGGCUCAUUUAGAUCCAUUAUAGGAUCAACGAGUCAUAUUGCUUUUUCUAGGGUGAUUGGCUCUAAGUCUGGUUUGAGGGUCGGUGGUUGGAAGUGGUCCUUUUAUCUUCUUGUUCCCUUGCUCAAUGCUUUGAUAUUAAUUUAAGCCGCCUUGGUCCAAAAAAAAAAAAUCAUCCUUUGAAGGUGUAAUUGUGAGAAAAAUUGAAGUUUGAGUCUAUUUUUAAUAAAAGUGAAGUAUGAGAUAGAUUUGUGAAUUUCAUGAUAGUUGGGGUUACAUUUAGCUAAUAAUUAGGGGUGGGAUAAACCGAACCGAAACCCGGAAACCGGCCCUGGCCUGACCCAAAUUAUGAUAUCGGUCCGGGGUUUUUCUUUUUGACCGGCCCGAAUAAAAAAUAUCCGGACCAAACCCGAAAUUUCGGUCUCAUUAACGGGCUCUAAAAUCUAUAACCCGGCCCGGACCGAAUAAAAAUCCGAAACAAUUAGAUUUAAUAUAAAAUCAAUAAAAUAUACCAAUAUAAUUUAUAUAUUAAUUCCUAAUAUAUGAUUAUAAUCAUGAUGGACGAAAAAAUGACUUAAUAACUAUUAGUGACUACAAAUAUGUUCAAUUUAUUUACUGUAAUGACCAUGAAAACAUAUUUAUAGUAACGUAGUCACAUUUUGAUCCAUAAAGUUUAUUUCAUAACAUUUUUAGAACACUUAUAUUAUUUAUUUUUAUGCAUCUUAAACAAAAUAUUAUGAUAAUUGUCUUCUUUGGAUUUGAAUUCUUGGUGAUUUUGGAGACUAAUAUUUGUGCUUUUUAUUAAUUUUAUUUGCGGUUUGUACUUUUUUAUUAAUUUUAUUUGAAAAUAGAUUUUAAAAUAUAAAAGAAAUAUGAGUGAUUUCAGAUUCGGGCUUGAACCGGCCCAACCCGAACCUGGACCGAACCCGGACUACAAAAAACCUGACUCGGACCUAAUAUAGUGAGCUUUGUUUCGGUCCCUAAUUUUCAUAACCCGAUACCUUACGGGUAACUUCUGGGUUUAGCAAAAACACGAACCGGACCGGACCGAUCCCAUCCCUACUAAUAAUCCAUAAAACAUCUAUGGACAAAAUUGUGACUAUAAGUUAUUAUGCAUAAGUUUAUAGUUGCUAUGAUUAACAUUUGAAUACAAUUAUAAUCACUAAAGUUACAAGUCACAUUUUUGUACACUAUUUUUAUUGUGGUUGUUGGGAUAUUGACCCGGAGGCCCAAUACCCGGAUUAAAAAGGCCCAGGAUAUCCAACCCAAACAACGAGUCCACUACCCUAUGAUGAGUAGGCCCGGUGAAGAAUCCAUACCGAACGAAGUUCGGUCCAAGUAGAGGCCGGCCCAGAAAGCAGAAAUACCGAACGGAGUUCGGAUCAUACAUCAUACUUGGGCCAAUUUGACAGCGUCUUCCGCAUGGUCCAGCAUCCCGUUCGAGCAACGGACAACCAGCAAGUGGCCAGGUGCAUUUAAUGCCAGAUUUGUGACAUCAGCAAGUGGAAGCAUGGGUGAUCAAGUCGGUGGAACAACGGUCAAUCAGCAUAGAGCAACCCAUGCUCUCCAUUAGUAUAAAUAGAAAGUUUAAUAUCAUUGUAAGGGUUAGCAUUUUGAUACUCAAGCUCUAGAAUAGCAUUCGUUGUAAUCAAAUAGGUUAAUUAAUACAAGUGGGCUUUUGAGCAUUCGUUGAUUC